AUGAGCACGACUGCGGGUGAUGAACAACGAUACGGCCCAACCACAACUCUAGAGGAGGGCGUCGAGCGUGAAAUCUAGUGGGUCAUAACUAGCUCAAUAUGUUUGCCUGAACCUGAAAAAAAUGUCCGGCCGCCGCAAGGCGAAUUCCGGUGACUUUGGCGCCUCUGGUGUCGCACGUCUGUUACGUCUGGUAAGCAGGCCGCUAAACGUGUCCGUUUUGGCCGGCCGGCACUCGGUACAAAUCACCCUCAGAGACUACCUACGCGCGAAGAGCGGCGGCGGCGCGAACCAGGGUUUCCGGGCCCGCAUCGCGGAAUUUACCGGCGGCGCGACGCAACGCAUCAUUGUGGCACUGCGGGGCGAUUUGAGCGAGAACGAGACGCUCCGAGAGACCGUCGCGCGGGCAAAGGACCCGCGCGCCUUCGACGAGGCGGGUCCAGCGGCACGCGCCGCUUUAGUUAAUGAAGUCGCCGCCGAGGAGCCGACGCUGGCUCUCGUGCGGCAGGCGCUGCGAAUAGCUCCGGCGUGCGGCGACGAUGAUGUCACGACAUUUUUUGCCGCGACGAUCCAAUCGGAGAUGACCGCAGUCAUCCCGAGCUUUAGCAUGGUCAAGCUCAUUCCAUUUCUGUUGCUUUUGCAGGGUCUCGCGCAGAAUUGCGCCAAUUGGGUCGUUUUCCCGGCCACGAUGUUGAUAUUGCAGAAGCUCGGCCUGCUCACGGGCGACCUGGACCAGGAUCGCGCGCUGCUCAAAGAGUGGGGUCUCGCACUGCUUGCUCAGCUGCCAAAUAGAGUGCUCUGGGAGGCGCUCACUUUCAUGAGCGGCGAGCCCGGUCGAAUCGCGAAGGCCGACGCGACUUUUAGGAGGAUCUUCAGGCGGUGGAAUCGAAGGACUCGGCGGCGGCUAUCAAAUACCCAAUAUCGCAAGCUCAUGUCGACGUCCUUCGCGGCGGACCUCCGGCUCUUCGUCAACGCGAUCGGGGGCCAGGGCGUCGGCCAGCUGGGCACCUGGCUCCAGUUCCACCAGGUGCCGCGAGCCGCGAGCGCCGCUGUCGCCGCCGGCGUCGUGGUGGGCGCUUUAGGCGACGCCGCCACGCCGGAAAUCGUCGCUGGAUUGAUCGCGUGCCGAACCGAUCAAAUCCUCCCCGCCAUCGAGGCCUACCUGAAAGCCCGGCCAGGCUUAGUGCGGGGGGACGUCGACUAG